ACUGGCAGCAACUAAAAGUAUUUCAGGCUUAAAAAUCAUUUGCUAAGCAACAAAUUAGUGCAAAAUAAAGCGUAUAAUAUUGCUUAGAAUAGAAGAUCGAUUCAGAAAAAACAUGUGAACGCAGCGCAAAAAUGAAAACAAACAAAAAACAAAAAUCUGCUCGUUCCAGCAAAUGUGAGAAGAGAGCAUAAAGAAAGCUUUGUUAGUGCUUGCUGGCUCGCUCUCCCACUCAUUAUCUCGCACGCUCGCUAGAACCUGUACGCACUCUCUCUUCGUGCAUAAAGCUUGAUUGCUCUCUUCAAAACCCCCGCUAGCCAGGCGCUCUCUUUGGCACUAUGUCUGCUGCAGCACUUGGAUUCCGUUUCAUUCCGCGCACAGCUGUUUAGCUUGCUGGGCUGUAAGAACUCAAAAGGGGAAGUCGGAAGAGACUUAUCUCGCUCCCCACGCUGGCCUAGUCGAGAUACUACAGAUAAUAAAUACUGUGGGUGUUGCCAUCGCAAUUAGUGCUGGAUCACGCAUUAAAAGUUGCCCCCGCCGUUCAAAGUUCAAUAGGCCGAUGGGAACAUUGUCGCUGACAGAUUACGAAGAGGUGAAAAUUCCAGUGCCCUGGGGUCAUAUAUCGGGUCGCUGGCAUGGCAAUCGAACGGAAAGACCGAUUCUGGCGUUCCACGGAUGGCUGGACAAUCUGGGGACCUUUGACCGGCUGAUACCGCUGCUGCCCGACAAUGUGGGUGUGCUGUGCAUCGAUCUGCCCGGACAUGGCAGGUCGUCCCGCCUGCAGCCGGGAAUGCACUACAGCGUCUACGAUUACGUGUUCAUAAUUCCGCGAGUUAUGAAGGAGUACGGAUGGCACAAGGUCUCGCUGAUGGGCCACUCUUUGGGCGGCAUUAUUUCGUUCGUGUACGCGGCCCUUGCACCGCACACUGUGGACAUGAUCAUCUCGCUGGACAUACUGCUGCCCAUUCCCAUCAAUGCCAGAGGAAAGGACUUGGAUACUCUUGGCCGGAACAUGGAGAAGCAUCUGGUGGAGGAUGAGCGCCAGGAAGAGGGCAACCUGCGCGAACCGCCCGCCUACACGCUGCCCGAACUGCGCAAAGUUCUCGCGAAGGGCAGCUACAACUCGGUGCCCCCCAAGGAGGCACAGCAUCUGCUCUAUCGCCAGGUGGCCAAGUCGCAGCUCUACCCGGACAGAUUCUACUUCUCGCGCGAUGCACGCGUCAAGUUCUACCACCACCUCUACCUCCAGGAAGGACUCGCUGCGGAGAUGGCGAGACGCAUCAAGCGAAAGCCCUAUCUCAUCAUCAAGGGUUCGCUGUCGCCAUAUGUGGGACGCCACUGUGACGAGGCCAUGUCCAUACUGGGUGAAAGCAAUCCACACUUCGAGCUGCACGAAGUGGAGGGCACCCAUCAUGUGCAUCUGCAUGCGGCCGAAGAGUGCGCCAAGUACAUUGUGCCCUUCAUCAGACACCAUCGUCCGCCUACUCUGAAUACCUGGUCUCUGGCGGGGCAAGAGGCACAGCUCAGCUCCAAGGAGCGACGACUGGCGCAGGAGCAGUUCUUCGCCAGGCACAAGCCCAGCAAACACAGAAGCAAACUGUAAGGAACGUAGCUUAUAGCAGGAGAUUUGUAUUAAAAAUUGAGAGUAUUUGCGUGCUUAGAUCGUUGAGCACAAAUAAAAUCUAAAAAUAGUCAAA